ACAGCCCGCCCUGUUGUGACGUCACGGUGGGCGCUGGUUGCAAAAUCAGUGCGUGGCAGUCAAGUCACUUUUUUUGCGUGGACAUCCUGCAAACAAACAUCUGGACUUUGGGCACUGGAAGAAAGAAAUGUCCGACGACGACACGCGGCAGGGAAAAGCUCCGAACUGCCGUCGUGGGCGAGGUGCAUGAGAGCCAGGACCCACGCCAGGGACUUUCUGCAAGACUUCCUGCUAGACCUUCUGCAAGACCUUCUACAAGACCUUCUGCAAGACCUUCUGCAAGACCUUCUGCAAGACCUUCUGCAAGACUUUCUGCAAGACUUCCUGCAAGUUUCCCCCGACCUCGUCCAGCCUCCAUGGAUCAGUCCGUGGCCAUCCAAGACUCCCUGCAAGGCUCGGAAAACUGCGUGCUAGCUGUACAAUGCGACGUCCUCUCGGGUGAUAUCACUGAAAGCAGACUUCUGGGAUUGGUGCAGUCUGCCGAAGAACAUGCAAUCUUUAUUUACAACCAUCGACGGAUGGCCAUCACGGCUGAUGAUGUUUGCCUGGAGGACGUGGUCCCCAUCUGCCUGGACUUUGCCGUUGUUGAGGUUUCCUCACCAGAGGAGCUUGCACUUGUUGGCGCUGACACCCGAGUGAGAGUGAGCUACAAGGAAGAGAAUUUGGAGCUGGUGCUGCCUUUCGGGUCCCACUCGCGGCUCUUCCUGGCCGAGGUCAUCAGGGCGUGGAGCGAUGUUUGCAAGUUUCCCUCCCAAGAAGCCAAGUUUGAGUGGAUCAGCAAAUACAGAACAGCCACCAAAAGCCAGGGACUUGUCAAACAAGCCCUUGCACCCCUCAGCACAACACUGAAUAAACUCAACCAGCACAGGAAAACAGAUAAACUGUCAGACAAGAAAAAGGGAAGCUUGGAAGGGCAAAAGACUUCCAACAGUGGGACGCACAUCACUCGAGCACAUUACGACCCUGAGAGCCAGGGCAUCUCCAGCCACGAGGACCGGGAUGACCUGGUGCGCUUCUCCAGCCACACCACCUCCAACAAAGCACACAUUCUAGCCAUGCCACAGUUUGGCCUGCGAGACAACCUCAUCAGGUGUGAGCUGCUGAAGAAUGAGGAACUGUACAUUUACCGAGAGCAUUUCAGCUUUUUCCUGGGCACGUACAAUGUGAACGGGCAGGCACCCAAAGAAAGCCUCCGUCCAUGGCUGAGUUGCACCUUGGACCCUCCUGACAUGUACUGUGUGGGCUUUCAGGAGCUGGACCUCAGCAAAGAGGCUUUCUUCUUCAACGACACUCCCAAAGAGCUGGAGUGGACAAAGGCGGUGUCCAAAGCAUUGCAUCCAGAUGCCAAGUAUGCCUUAGUGAAGUUGGUGCGCCUGGUGGGCAUCAUGCUGCUCUUCUACGUGAAAAAGGAGCAUGCUCAAUUCAUCUCGGAUGUGGAGGCCGAGUCGGUGGGAACCGGCAUCAUGGGGCGGAUGGGAAAUAAAGGUGCAGUGGCAAUCCGCUUCCGUUUCCACAACUCGGACAUCUGCGUGAUCAACUCUCACCUGGCGGCGCACGUCGAAGAGUACGAGAGGCGCAAUCAGGACUACAAGGACAUUUGCAGCCGGCUUCAGUUUCGACAGGCUGAUCUUACUCAGACCCCGUUAAACAUCAUGAAGCAUGAUGUGGUUUUAUGGCUCGGAGACCUCAAUUACAGGAUCAGUGAGCUCGAUGUCAACAAUGUAAAGGAUCUUAUCAGCAAGAAGGACUUUGAGAUGCUGCACACUUACGAUCAGCUCAAGAGGCAGAUCGACCAAGAGGCAGUGUUCGUUGGCUUCGUGGAGGGAGAUAUCGACUUCCAGCCCACCUAUAAAUAUGACACCGGCUCCGACACGUGGGAUACAAGUGAAAAAUGCCGCGUUCCUGCGUGGUGUGAUCGUAUUCUGUGGCGAGGAAAAGAGAUCAAGCAGCAGCAUUACCAGAGUCACAUGACUCUCAAGACCAGUGACCACAAACCUGUCAGCUCCAUGCUUGUCAUUGGGAUCAAGAGAGUAAACGCAGAAUCCUACAAGAAGACCUUCGAAGAGAUUGUUCGCAAUUUAGACAAGAUGGAGAACGAGUGCAUUCCGUCCGUAACCUUGUCCAAGCGAGAGUUCCACUUUGAGAACGUGAAGUACAUGGAGCACCAGGCCAAGACGCUGAGCAUCUUCAACGACGGCCAGGUCCCAUGUCAGUUUGAGUUCAUCCAGAAGCCCAACGAGGCCACGUACUGCAAGCCCUGGCUCACGGCCAACCCCCACAAGGGCUUCAUCGCUCAGGGCUCUUCCGCGGACAUCGACUUUGAGGUUUUUGUGAACCGCUCAACGGCGCCUGAGCUCAACUUGGGCAAACAGGAGAUGGAAGACAUCCUGGUUCUGCACCUGGAACGCGGUAAGGAUUACUUCAUCUCCGUGACGGGAAGCUACCUGCCCAGCUGCUACGGCACGCCCAUCCACGUCUUGUGUCGGCUGAGGGAGCCCAUCCAAGACAUGUCCCAGGAGGCCCUGCAUGAGCUGGUGGUGACAGCUGGGAAUGAGAACUCUGAGAGCAUUGAAAAGCCUCUGGAUAUUCCUAAAGAACUGUGGAUGAUGGUGGAUCAUUUGUUCCGCAAUGCAAUCAAACAGGAAGACAUAUUUCAGCAACCUGGACUGCGGAGUGAAUUUGCAGAAAUAAGAGACUGCCUCGACAGCGGCAUGGCAGAUUCUCUCUCUGGCAGCAACCACUCGGUAGCGGAGGCCCUGCUUCUCUUCCUGGAUGCCCUCCCCGAGCCGGUGGUCCCCUAUGCCUUCUACCAGCAGUGCCUGGAGUCUUGCUCCAAUGCCAGCCAGUGUGAGAAGAUUAUUUCCACGCUACCUCAGUGCCAUCGAAAUGUUUUUAACUACUUAGCUGCCUUCCUGCGGGAGCUCUUGAGGAAUUCUGCCAGCAAUCGGUUAGACGUUACCAUCGUAGGCACCAUCUUUGCCUCGCUGCUCCUGAGGUCGCCCACCAAGCAAGACCUGGCGGAGAAGAGGAGGGCGCGAGAGUUCUUCCAGCACUUCCUAGUGCAGGGAUCUUCUCCCUAGAUCGGAGGACCACUGAUGUUAAAACACUAAAAGCUAUUGUCCUAUAUUUGAAAUAAAGUGUUUGUAAUAAUUUUGCAUAUGUCUUCACAAACAUUAUGAUAGUGCGGUUAGUAUAAGUGACUUAUCUGUGGAUGUAGUUUGUUGUAUUACUGUCAAGCAUCGAGAGACCACUUUUUAAUGUAUAUUUUAUUUAUAAAACAAUUCGUAUUUUAAUGCCUGUGAUCCUAGCAGUCAGUUUUUUCUAUAUAAAGUUGUUGGAAAACGA